AUGCUUAGAGAUAAAGAAAGAGACAGAUUUAUAGACGACACAUCUUGCUUUGCGAUUCCUUGGACCACAGCUCAGAAUUUAAGAAACCAGCGACCGUUUGACAAUGGCCACGGAUGGGACAUACGACUCGCGGUGCCAGGUCAACCAGGAAACGACUACCCAACUCUGGACUCUAUACCGAGGACAUCGUUCACAUGCUCUGGCAAAGAACCUGGAUAUUAUGCUGACGUGGAAACCAACUGCCAAGUUUUUAGAGUCUGCACGUUUGGAUCCACAUAUGGAUUCCAGUCUUUUAUAUGCCCAAAUGGAACUUUAUUUAACCAAGCUGUCUUAGUAUGCGACUGGUGGAUGAAAGUUAAUUGUAAGAAAUCUAGAGACCUUUUUAAAGUCAAGGACUAUAAGUUUGCCAAUUUAAAAGUGGGACCUCAAUUUAUGACAGAUAUUAAGAAAAUGAUAACCCAUCCAAUGCGAAAUCCAUAUGAUGGUACCUAUACUAAAAAUAACUUAGUCGUGAUGCAAGAAUACAAGCCCCCAUCGAACCAACUUUAUAGUGGAAUCCCAAACAGAAAUCCUAACAGUGCAUAUUUCCAAACAAAUCAGGCGCAAAGAAAUACCUUUCAAAAUAUAUACUCAAACGGUGACAUAUUAGCAUACGCAACCACUACACCAGGUACACAAUAUUAUUCCUUUAUUCAAACCCAGAAACAACAAAGUAAACCUUACGUUCUACCAAAAGGAACAGAAAAUUUAAAGAAUCUACAUACAGGUUUUAAUUUAAAUAGUCAUACAGGACAAAUAACUCAAUCCAAGAACCUUGAUAUUAUUAAACAUAGCCAAAACACAGACUCAGUAAGACCAACUCAGGUGUAUCAAAGAAGCAUACAAAACACACAACCUACAAAACCACAAGAAAAAGUUAAAGAUAACUUUGGAUCAACAUUCAGAACAUCAAAUCAAAUUUUUAACAACAGCCGGAUAAGCAAAAGUAAACAAGUAGAAUUGGGAAUAGAAUUUUCUAAACAACAAUUAAACAGAAAAAUUAACCAGGAAAAAUUACAUUCAAGUAAAAGCAGUCAAACACGUUUUUCAAAUAUCAAUGAAAUAGGAAAUGAUACCAAACAAAAUUCGGUAAGUAGUGAGACACCGCCAGCAAUCAUAACUAAAACUUUAGCAUUUCGCAGAAUCAUCAAAGAUUCUACUAAUGGUAAUCCAAAAUCUCGAAUAACAUUCAAAACAUGGAUUGUUAGGCCUUCUAGAAAUUCUAAAUUAAUAGUUGAGCCAACUCCAUAUACAUACAAAACGCCCGCAAACUUUUUGGGAAAAAUUAUUGCUGACAUUUCUAAUGCAUCGACACCGAAAGUCGAAACGGAAUCUAUAGAAGAUUCAUAUGUAUAUAAUGUUCCAACAGUAAAACUAAAUGAUCAAAUUCUUACAAAUUCAAAAGAGACUACAGACUUUCUUUCGCCGUCAACAUCUUCACCCGAAAUAUUUACAGGCUAUCCACUUCCAACUCCAUCUCCAACCAAACCUGCGCUUUUAUAUUUAGAACCAACUACUUUUAAGCCAUCUUCUCGACUAUAUGUUCCACCUGCUGAAAACGAAAUCCAACUAUCACGACAAUAUUUAGCGCCAAUUAUUGAAAAUAGUAAAUUAGUGGCUGGAGCUAGUUCGCCGAGGCCAUUUUUACUAUUUAAUAAUAAUGAACCUUCCUUUUAUCUAAGUAAACAAACUCAUGUUAAUACUAAUCAGAAUAAUUUGGCAUUUUCUGAUAUAUUAACAAAAGAAAAAUUAGACAUAACAGUUAAUGAUAUAGUCAAAGAUACAAAUAAUGUAUUUGAUACUGCAUCUCCAGUAGACUUUCAACAAUUUAAACAGAAUGGCCAAGCAGUUGACUACCCAAUUGAUAAUUAUUUAUACGAAGACUCAGAUUUACAGAGUGAUGAAAAAAUUACUUUAAAACCUCCCCCACCAUUAGCAAAAAGUUCUAGACUUAUUGCAACUCCAUCAACUGAAUUGGAACCGCCUAUUGAACAUAUUGGUAGUAUAAAUAGAAAUAUCAAUCAAAUUUCAAACUUGCCAUAUCUUAUGGAAUCUACUCGACGUCCAAAUACAAUAGAAAGAACAGUUUCUUUAAAAAUUACUGUACCAGAAAAUAUCGCUGAUUUGUUAUUUAAAAAUCGAAGCAUAAGCAACUCUGAAAACUUAGAAAUUUUAAGGACUGGUAAUAGCAAUAACUGGGUACUUUCUAACAAAGGUACUGAAGAUUCUGGUGGUGGCGUUAUUUCGAUUGGCAAGCUGAUAUGGAAUAAAAAUUCUAAUAUUUCUAAUUCACAGGAUUUGGUGUUUUCAUUAUUGGUAGACUCUAUCAACGCAGCAAAGGAUUAUAAUAACAUAGUACAAAAAAAUAUUGUUACAACACAGCCUACACCUACACAGCCACAAUUUCAAAAUGUAAAAAAUGAAGAGUUACAGCGAAUAUCAAAUGACAUAUCGCAAUUAACAUCCUCACAGUUUUCAAAUUCUUCCUCCAACUACAGAUUAGCUAACUUGAGGGCACCAUCUCAAUCAGUCUCGACGUCACUGAAUAAAUAUGGAAAUAUUAAUAGUUUUAAACAGUACCAUGCUCAACAACAAAAUAAUCAUUUACAACAAAAUACUCAGAAACAGCAACAAAACCAACUGACAGCUUUUCCUACAUUUAGGAAUAACAUGUUGACUGAUUUAGAUAUAAACUCUGAUAAAUUAUACAGUGGACAACUUUACCAGCUCCCGGUACCAGUUAUAAGUAAGCAAAUUUAUAACUCUCUAUUACCCGGUAACAACAAAUUAUCUAAUAAGGCUAUACAAACUAAGACUCUGAUAGAAGAGAAAACAAAAAAUAAUUCAGGUAACGAUAAACUAAUUGAUCAAAGUAAUGCAGAUUAUGAGAUUAUUCAAUCGCAUACUAAAAAUGACAACAGUUUCCAGUCUAGUUAUAGAAGUCCGAAAGAAGAAGUAACAGAUCAAGGAAGUUUGGCUAAUGCAUUUAUAGAUACACUCGAACUACCCAAAAAUGGUAUUACUGCCCAAUUGCAAGACAACAUUGUUGGUACAUUACCUCACCCACUAGAUGACAAUAAACAAAUCAAGUAUAGAAAGGACCAAACAUAUUAUAUUUACUCACACUUGAACAAUGAUGACGAAUUAAACACUAAUAAUCAAGUUAAUAAUCUACAAAACCUAAUUGGAAAUAAUUUGGCAAAUAGACCAUUUACUCAAAACGAUCAAAUAUCACGUCUUUCAGCGUAUGAAUUGAUCCCAUCUUUAAGUUAUAAAUUGGAGAAUGAAAAAGAUAAACAGAAGAUUCUGAAUGCUUUUCAGAUAAACGGUUAUGGUAUACCGAAACAUCAAUCAUCUAACGAGAAUGCAAAUCUCAUUCGGCAUCAAGAUGUUAUUGCCACGGACGUGGACUUUACAGUGGAUCACCCUAAAUCAUUAAAGAGAGAAAAACCAGGUUUCCUAUAUGAUGGGCCCAAUUCAUAUUCCGCCCCGCAGAAAUCCGUAGGUAAUUUAGUAGGAUAUCAAAAUAAUAUACAAAAUAUUCCAAAAUUUGAUUCAAAAAUAGAAAAAUUCGAUAGCAACGAAGAUAAAAAUUACGGGUAUCCAAAAGUUAGUCCCGUUAAACGAUUUUUGUUUUAG